AUGGCUAACAAUGAUGGUGCCUCUUCAUCUUUAUCAAGAGCUUCUACAAGUGCCCCUCAUGGUCGUCCUAGGUUCAGGGAGGAAGCUGAGGGGGAGGAGGAUGGUCAAGAAGUUGAGGAAGAGGUGGAGGAUGUAGAAGGGGAAGAGGAGGAAGAUGGUGAGGGUAUUGAAGAAGAAGAAGAGGAAGGUGAAGAGAAUUAUGGGGAGGAAGACAGUGAUGCUUUAGAAGAGGAAGAGCAGAGGGAUGUAGAGGCGGCCCCAGAGGACGAUGAUGAGGCUAGCUCAGAGGAGGAUGAUCAAGAUGACUCCGAUGAUGGAGGCAAUGAAGAUGAUGACUUUGUUGAAGGCUAUAAGUCUGCUGAUUCUACAGAAGACUCUGCUAUGUAUGGCCUUAACUUGUCUCAUUAUGAACAAAUUGAAUGA